AAAAGCCCUAAACAGCACCAUCACCACUACAUACACAGCCUCCUCUUCGAUCUCUCUCUCUCUCAAAAAAAGAAACGAAAUGGCUAACCCUAGAGUUUACUUCGACAUGGCUCUCGACGGAACCCCCGCCGGCCGCAUCGUGAUGGAGCUUUUCAAAGACACGACGCCGGACACCGCGGAGAAUUUCCGAGCCCUUUGCACCGGAGAGAAAGGAGUCGGGAGGAUGGGGAAGCCGCUCCACUACAAGGGAUCUUCCUUCCACCGCGUGAUCCCGGGGUUCAUGUGCCAAGGAGGCGAUUUCACCGCCGGGAACGGAACCGGCGGGGAGUCGAUCUACGGAGCCAAGUUCAAGGACGAGAACUUCGUGAAGAAGCACACCGGGGCUGGGAUCCUCUCCAUGGCGAACUCUGGUCCCAACACCAACGGAUCUCAGUUUUUUAUCUGCACCGCGGAGACGUCGUGGCUUGAUGGGAAGCACGUGGUGUUUGGGAAGGUCGUUGAAGGUAUUGAGGUUGUGAAGGCGAUCGAGAAGGUUGGAUCGUCUUCAGGGACGACUAAGAAGAAGGUGGUUGUUGCUGAUUGUGGUCAGCUUUAGAGAUCUGUGCGAAGAUCUUUUGAAUGUUAUCUUUGCUAUUUGAAUGUUGCUUUUGCUUCGUAUCGUUCGAGUUUGUAAAACCCUCAGUGGUUUUGGAUUUGACUAUCUAUGAAUAAUUAUGAAUAACUAUGAGCUUUUUUUAACUA